AUUCAGGAUUCAGUUCAUUACGAAAUCUCGUUCGGAGUGGUCGUUUUUUUGUCGUCGGUCGUUCGAAUUCGUCGAGUACUAGCUAUACGGAGCGUGUGGAAAAGCGCGCUUACGAGUCUAGGCUAAUCCUGUACCAUUAGAACAGUAAAAGGAUACAUCAUCUCUGGAUACAGUUCAACGGUCGUUUGCGUGUCGUUAUUGACUGGUAUUUGGACAUAAUAGCGGACGGUUGCCGGUCUACGAGGAUUUGAAGGUGCUGGAGUGUGAAGAACAGAACCGUAGGGGUCGAGUUUGAGCUUGAACAUGAUGGCAGCAGCAGUCAGUGAUAUCGUGUGCUGAUAGAUGAUAAUUGGAAUCAACGACGUGGUGGAAAGAGAGUGAUUUUAGAUAGCCAUCCGUAGUCGAUUUGUUGUGAGAAUCGGAAAUUCAAAUUGAACGGAAAGCUGGCACGCGAACGGAAACAACACACAAAACGGUUAUCAACCGAAGAAAUCUCACAGUGCGACGAGACAGGAUUUGAGGGCAGCGUUAGGUAGCUAAGCCGAUUACGGUGUCUGUCACAUGCGGAAACAGCAGCAGCUGAUGGUCCGGCACGUCAUCUCUUCCCCGGAUAAGCUGAACAGGGCGACGAAAAAUCACCGCACUCAGUCAGACCAACACUCCCUGCAAGCUGCCCAAAACACAAUUAGGAAAGCAUUCAACCCGGCGUAGAUCUCAGUUACCGUAGAAACCCAUUAUCAUCAGCGUCAUCAUUAGAAGAAUGGAGCAAUGCCUGAGGAACUCGCCCUAAACGAAGAACUAGUAGCACGCUGCUGUGGUGAAAAUUUUGCAUUUCUCGGUACUACAGAAGAGGAGGCACCAUCUGCACGGAUCUCCGCCAUUGCCCGGUUCAUACAUUUCCAAUGCAAUUUGGAAUUGCUUUUCCCCAAAAAUAUCCCAAUCUGGCCACGUGACUAUUUAGCUUACUAAAGUGAAAAAAAAAAACAAUACGAGAUAUGGAAGCACCGCUCAGGGAAGAGGCCAAAUGUGCAUACUAGAGUAGUGUUUUGUGGCGAGCAUUGGCUCUUUUAUUGUGUGAAAAAGUGAAUUCGUUGGUUAUGUAGUAAACGACCGACCAGAGUAAGGAAGAGGAGAACAUUAAUAUCUCAAAGUGGCGCUAGGAAUAGUAGUAAAAGUGAAGCCCGCAACCGAGCACAGUGCCGAAACGAAGCAUAGAAAUGGGACACAUAAAUUUUGUGGAGCUCAAGCUUUUGUUGAAUAUAUUGUUUGUGGCCAUACUGGUGAAUGGACAUGGAUCGCAAACGGAGACACAGCCGGAGUUCUUGGCUCCGUUGGACAAUCUUACGGUGACACAGGGACGGGAUGUGUCAUUUACUUGCGUAGUUAACAAUCUCGGACAAUAUCGGGUAGCAUGGAUAAAAUCCGACACGAAAGCAAUUCUGGCCAUUCACACUCACAUGGUGGCCCUGAAUCAGCGGCUGUCGGUCACGCACAACGGACACAAUACCUGGAAGCUGCACAUCUCGCACGUUCAGCUCAACGAUUCCGGAAGUUACAUGUGCCAAGUCAACACGGAUCCGAUGCGGCAUCAGUCCGGAAACCUGGAGGUGGUCGUUCCACCGGACAUCCUGAACAGCAACGAUCCCAACAGUGCCUCGCUGGAGGAAGGCGUUGCCAAUGAGAACGGCAACAUUCAACUAGUGUGCCAAGCGGUUGGAGUCCCUUUGCCAAAUGUGCAAUGGCGCCGGGAGGAUGGUAAGGACAUCGUGAUACGAACGGAAGGUCGAGAAAAACAAGUCAUGAAAGCCGUCGAAGGAGAAAGAUUGAUCCUGAAUCAGGUGCAGCGAACGGACAUGGGUGGCUAUCUGUGCAUCGCUUCCAAUGGAAUUCCACCCUCCGUCAGUAAACGAUACGACGUGCAAGUCAAUUUCGCACCCAGCGUUAGGGCGGGCAAUCAGUUGGUGGCCGCCCCGGUCGAAAGUCACGUCAUGCUCCAGUGCAUUGUGGAAGCUUUUCCAACGCCCCUCAACGGGUGGUACAAAAAUGACGGAGUCAAGCUGUAUCAGGGGGAAAAGUACGUAAUCGUGGAGGAGAAGAUCAACGCUUUCACUUGGCAACUCAACCUGACAAUAAGGCACCUGCAGAAGACGGACUUUGCUCCGUACGUUUGUUCCAGCAUAAACGCGCUGGGAAAGGCCGAUGCCCGGAUUCGGUUGCAAGAGCUGCGGCUGCCGCCGAAGCCGACCACAACUCCGACACCGUACGUGCCGCCCACUCCGAAACAGCCUCGCCGGAAGCAGCAUCAUCAAAGCCACGGAAAAGGAAGCCACGAGGGCAACGGAAAGGGCGCUGGCCCCGGCAAUGGCUUCAACCGGGACAGCUACAUAAUCAAUCACAUCCAGGAGAACGACAUGCUCGGUGGAUUCGUCUCGGAAGUGCCACCGAAGGGCGCGUACGGAACUGGUGCGGGGUACGGUUCCGGUGCCGGCGGAAUGUACGGCCCGGGAACAAACCACGGGACGGGUCCGGGCGGAAACAGCCUGGAAAAAGUGCGCAACACCCAAAUGCCGGCGUCGAUUCCCUCGCGGCAACCACCCCACUGGAUACUGAACAGCAACGGCGCUAUGGCGAGCAGUCGUGCAGGGUCAAAUGCGGUGCUGUUGGUGGCAGUGCUCGUUUCGGUGCUACCUCGCUGGACCGCGACUAGGUGGAGCGGGCUGGUGACGACCCUUGCGAGCAGUUGUUCGCUGAUGAUUUAUAGUCUGUUGAUGUUGCUGACAGUUACAUGAAAUUAUGUCUACUGCUGUUGGGUGUUAUCAUUACUGUUAGGAUGCGUGUGCAUAUUAUCAUCAUUAUAAAUACAUCUAUAACUCUAAAAACGAAUAUAUCGGUAUGGAAACAUGCUCGCACCCACUUGCGCGAAUGGAGAGCAAAGAGGCGGCCAAGAGAGGCGUUGGAGGAGCGGAAUUCAUACACUGUUGCUGAGGUGACCCAGUGGAAUGUUAUGCGGCGGGGUCAAACUUGUGCUGGAAUGCUGGAUAUGGAGAUAACAUGACCUCAAAGCAUACAGCUCAUCAUACGGCGAGUGCAGCACAAAGGAAAUCCCGAUGACUAUAAAUUUUCACGAGCAGCAUCCUCUGUCGGUAAAUCACGGUGGUAUCAAGUCAACAAAUAACUCCUCCGACAAAUUUGCUACCGACAUAUCCAACCCACAAGUCAUAAUCACUAUAUCCCUAAUGAUAAACUUCCAAACAAGUCAAACACAAUAUCAGACAAAAUGCGAUUUCACAAAACUCUGCAAACGGCAUAAACAGCACGUUUCCAACUCGUCGUUCGAUCAUUGAUGUAACAUCGAUUGAACUUCUGUUUGUUGUAAAUAUUGCACAUAAGAGCAAAUAGACAUGUGGAAAAACGACUCGCUUCGAUGGGACGUUGACCCAGCAUAAUAUCAAAAACAACAGAUGAUUGCGGAAUGUUACAAAACUGUUGAACUGUUUAUACUAAUCACAACACAAAUAUGUACGUUCCGGUGAUAAUCGAUGACAUCAAAGUGAAAUGUGUACCAUGCAAAUAAGCACACCGAGUGGAGUAGACAUUUUUUUUGCGAUAUAUCCUCUGAAUAGCGGAAUGGGCUAGGGAAAAUGUGAAAAUUAUCCCUGUUGAUGGCAUGUGUAAAGGUAGUAAAUGUAGACUUUAUUAUUUGAGACGGGGGAAAACUGUAAAUAAGGUUGUUGGACAGAUCAGUCUUAGCUAAUUUAACAAAAUUAUAAACUGAAAUCAAACAUGUUCAAAAGACAAACUAUUGAAUAUAUAUAUCACUUGGAAUUAAGGUAUUGUGAAAUAAAAGGGUUUUCUACAAAUUAACAAAUUUUAAGCAUUAUGCCGAGAUGUUUGAGUGAGACCGAUGGGUGGUUGAGAAAGUUUAUUAAGAAGAAGAAAAAUCAAUGACAAUAAAUAAUUUAAUUAUGAAGAUUACUAAAGAUAUGCAUAAAAUACACUAAAAACUGUCGGGAGACUCUAUUAACAUAUAAACAUCCACAUUGACUAUGUAAUCAAAAUAUUCG